AUGCCCAACUCAGACAAGACUUCGCUACCAUGGUCCUCGCACCUCGAGAAGACUAUGUGUUGCCUGGCAGGCCGUUUCUCGGCCUCGUUGAUCAGCGGCGACGCACUCACCGACCUCGAGCUGGAGAAUCGUCAACUGCUCGAGUCGCCUCUGUUCCUAAGCGGCAUUGAAGAGGAGUUCGUCACGCACGUGUUGUUUGGCGUGAGUGGCGAGGGACCCUCUGCCCCGCACCCCAACCCGCAACCUCAGCCCUACCCCGUGGAGCCUGGGCAGAUACCUCAACAGGCCACACACUGGCGCGCGAUACAACGUUUCUGCUCAAGUCUGGCUCGAAGGAAUGGUGAGCUGUACUCACAGUCUCUGGCGGACUUUAUGUGGACGUGUACAACUGGCGAGAAGGUCAAGGGCAAGAGCAACAUCAAGUCCGCGCAACAGGCCACAAUAGCAGCGAUGAUCAAACAUCUUGGCUUGGGAGAGAUGGCAAUGAACUUUGCCCUGGAGGUCAUUCAAUAUCGAAACAAAGAGAUGAUUGCUGCGGCUCAGGCCCAGGCCCAAGGCCAAUCCUCAGCCUCGGUCCCGGCCUCAGAUUCACCAAAGCCCCCUCAACCACUCAUUGAUGUCUGGCGAUCAGUCAAUCAGAUACGCAUCACAAUCAUUCAAAGACAUCAGGAAAACUUAAACAACAACAACAUCAGUAGUGAUGGUGGUGGAAGCGGGGGUGGCGGAAACCCCAGCGUGGCGACCGAGGACGACUCGGCCAAGCGCAGGAGCAUGCACACAGCACUCUGGGAGACUAUCUACAAAGACAUCUCAGACAAGAUCAUUGAGAAGGCACUCUUCCUUCUCGAGCUACAAUCAUUCUCUGGCGAGUUGGAAGCCAAUGCGACCUUGCCACAAGCGGCCACCGUACAGACAGCUUCAACAUCCCCCCAAUUACCAUCCGCACUGACCAAUCCCGCGCUCUGGACUGAGAUAUCUAGCACAGUCAACAACUUUGUCCUGUCCAACGCACCUUUGGACGACAUCAAGAAGAUACUGGCAGCGCGACGAUCACGUGCCUUCACGCGUAGCAUUGGUCUUCAAUCAAUGAUCGACAUACUUCGUUGCGCGUCCGAUCACUCAAUGAAGCAGGAGACAUUGUGCUACAUUGGCCCAGCACUGCGCAACAGUGGACUGGUGAGGCAACGCUCGCCUCCCUUCCACUACCUCGACCACCUUCGUGGCUGUGGCACACGUCUGCUCAAGGACAUCAAGCGGACAUUCCGCGCACUUAUGGAGGACAUUGCAUCACUGCUUCAGGACCCCAACAGCGACUACUCGCUCAAGAUCUACGCGCUGGAUGCCUUCACGCUCAACUUCACCAGCGAGGAUGCCGACCUCCUCAUGUCCGUGGACAUCUUCAACAAGAUCCACAAUUUGAUGACCAAUGACUCGAUCUGGGGUGGACUAUGGUCAAGUAGCGCUUUGCCAAUGAGCGAUCGCGGCGUGGGUGACCACAGCGUGUUGCUGCACACUCAGAGCUCGAGCUCAAUUGGCAGCGGCGGCAGCAGUAACAACUUGUUUGCCAACAACAUUGUUGAGGAGGAGCGUCUGGAGAAGGAGAGAAUGAAGCGCAAUGCCAAGGCUUUGUUCAGAUUCCUCGGCCUCAUCUGUGUUGAUGGCGGUCCUAACAACACUGGCGGCGUGGGCAACAAGCAGCAACUGGUUGGACUACUUGGCCCCACGGUCAAGUCAUUGGAGGCACUUCGCGACACUUUCUUCCACCUCAUGGAGACACAGCUUGAGUCAUCGCUGGCACAUCUCCAAGAGCAGAACAAGGCGUAUUGGCAUGGAUCAGAUCUCCCCGGCGCGGCUGCCGGUGCAGGCGCACCCUCGCAGUCACCACCAGCCCAAACCACCUCUUUGUUUACCAACAACAAGGGUAGACGUAUACUGCGUGGCGAGCGAUCGACCCUCAACUACGACUUUAGCGAUGGCCUCUCACUUUUGCACAUACUAUCCGCGUUCAACUCGGUCAAGCAGCGACUUGUGUUACCAUCCUUCCUCAACAUCUUUCAUUCGAUACUUCAGGUUGGCGACGACACGCACCGUCGCAUCACACUGCGCAUCUUCCGUCGCGUACUCCCCUUCACGUCGCCUCACAAGCUGAUCGUGUCGUCCAAGCGGUCCAACUCGACAUCGUCCGCUCUGCACACGCACACCCCCGCGCCCACGCUCACAUCGUCCACGACAUCGCCUAUCCCGCUGACCGCCAAUGUCACCCACUUCUCCAAGAGCAUCUUCAACCUAUUGCUCGACAUCAUUGGCGCGAUCAGCUACUGGGGCUGUUCGUCGGACUUGGUCGAGACGGCUCGCUAUAUCGACCCACGCUUCUUCAUCACGUCGUCCAACUACAACCUGUACUUCUUCAGUGGCAACCAUCAUGCCGCACAUGGCCACAACGUCACCAAGUUGUUCACAUCCCAAGCACCCUACCACUCAAUCUUUGACAAGCAUGCCAGUGUCCUGCCCUCAUGCUGGGACGUGUUCGCGAGCACCAACGCCUCGCCCACACUCCGCUUCUCCAACGAUGCCAAGCUCGUCACCAACUCAACCCAGAGCGACGUGGUCAUCAUCAAGGCCGACAACACUAUCCCUGACUGCAUGCCCUUGUUCUACUUUGAGGUCAAAGUCGAGAGUGACACACCAGCCCCCGCUGGUGGCGCGACUGAUCCAAACUCGAUCAACUGUGUUGUUGGACUAUUCCCGCUCAGCCACGUGUCCCAACUUGGUACUUGCAGGGAAUGGAAGUAUGGCUACGGCUAUUCGGCAAAGGAUGGUCACAAGGUAUGCCACAGGAUCAAUGUAAAUCGAUCGCGAUCAUACUCGGUGGGCUACUCGCGCAAUGAUGUCGUGGGCUGCGGAUGGAACAGGAAGGAUGGCAAGGUGUUCUUCACAAAGAAUGGCAAGAUCUUGGGCACGGCCUUCAAGAAUGUGUUUGGCGACUUCUUCCCCGCUGUCCUCCUCGGUAGCGGUGUGUCGCUCUCUAUCAACUUUGGCUCGCCUUCGCCAUUCCUCUACGAUAUCACUCCCCUAGCCUCAGCUCACGUGGACGCGUCCAACGCGGAGAAGACGCUACCCUCCAACGCGCUGUCCUAUUGCUCGGAGGUAGUCGCUCUGCUGCGUCUACUGCUUCGCUCGCCUAUGUGGAAGCAGCCGCUGCAAAAGUACAUUGAGGACGGUCUCAAGCUGCUGCCCUCGACCAUCGUUCAGGAGACAAUGAAGCCCACGUCACAGACUGUCACCCAAUCAUUGUUGCAGGUGUUCUCCAGCAUCACGCUGUUGGCUGGCAAUCUCGAUGGCAUUUGGGUGGGCUCGAGAGUACAGGUCGACCUGGGUUCGGGCCGUCUGGAGCAGGGCACAGUAAUCGAGUACUCACAGCGCAGUAACUUGAGUCGCGUGUUACUCGACAGCAACAUUGGCAAGCUGAUCAAGACUGUCCAUCAUCGUCGACAUCUCAAGCCAAUCACCGAGGUUAUGUUGGACUUUGGCCAAUUCCUGCCAUCAUACUCAUCGAUCCUCUCUAGCCUGUCGGUGUUCCUGCGUCCAACUUCGCCAACAAACUCACUCUCGCCACUCCUAUCGCCCUCUCAAACUUCGUCGUCCAAGUCCAACAACAACAACGCGCAAUCGAUGAUCUAUCGCACCAAUCAGCGCAACAUCUACCUCUUCAUCAAGGCGAGAGUGAUGAACAUCAUUGGAUCGCUACUCAAACAUAGUGAUUGCGCAAGGUACGCAUUGGACGAGAGCUUGAUCCCCAUCCUCGUGGAGUUUGCGUUGGGUCGUCCAAUCCAAUUCUUGGACGAGCCCAAGAUUGAGAAGAUGGAACGUCUGUCCUUCCUGCUCAAGGAGCGCAUCUAUGAUUCGACAUUCCGUCUAUUCAUCUCGGGUGAAUCAAACACACUGGCCCAACAACAACAACAGGCACAACAGCAACAAGCCCAACAACAGAAGAAGGGAAGUCUUGGCAAGUCAUCAGCGGCAUCAAUUGAUCACUCACACAUUCAUUCAUUGGAUGAUGUACCGCCCACAAUCACUGGAGACGAUGAUGAUAUGAUGGGAAUGGAGGAGUUUGAUGAGAUUGGCGUGAUUGACUUGGAGGGCGACGAGAGCCUAGAUGGCAAGCACUCUGCCCAAGACGACGACCACACCGGAACAUCCUCAUCGUCAUCAUCGCGAGGCAACUCACUCAGCAAGAAGAGUGGUACUGAUCUCAAGUCCAAGCACAACUCAGUCAAUGUCACCGCGAUGGGGUCUGUUGCUGGAGCUACUCCAGCCUCCGCAGCGGCUACCUCAACACCCGCCACCGCCACCCCCGCGACAACUCACCCAGUCGACCCGAUCGAUGAUGUAAUCGAUGGUCAAACCGCCACAGCUAAUGAAGACGAUGAGUUGGUGGCCGAGGAUGAUAUCCCUGAGGAGGGCAUUCAAGGCAAGCGCAUUCAGUGGGGCGACGUGCAGAUUGGCAUGGCUGUGAUGGUGAGCAAGCGUGAGAAGCUUGGCCUUGGCCGCAGCAACUGGGUGAUGGACAUGGAUCGCAUCAUUGGCUACGUUGGCAUCGUCAAGAGCAUUGACAAGAAGCACAAGCAGGUGUUGGUCACCCUCUUGGACGAGGACGCACUGUCUCUCCUCGACUGGUGGCUAUGCUUCGAGGUGCUGAUCUACCCUCCCUCAUCGGACAAGUCGUCCAAGAACCCGCUGCAGUCGAUUGGCAAGUACACCCAUGCCCAACUGGUGCAACUGGACGCGUCGUCUGAGUUGGCUCUAUCAAUCCUGUUCGCGCGCAAAGCCCUGAUCUCAUUGUUGAUCUCACUGCCCAACAAUAUCCGCGUACCAUACACUGCGUUUGGCGGUGCCAAGAACUUGAUAUACAUACUCAAGCUCACUCUGCAGACCUCGCUACUCAGCGCAGGCGAGGGCCACAAGUAUGGAAACACAGGCAACUACAGCAACAGCAUUGUAACCAAGUUGUUCAACAUGGCCGGUGGAAACAACAGCAAGGACUUGCAGAACCUCAAGCUUCUGCAUGCCAAGCUCACGACACUGGUGUUUCAGGAGGUCCAGCAACAGACCUCCCCUGUCGAUCACAAUCAUUUCCAUCAUCUUCCAGCGAUGCAGCAACAAGGAGACCACAAGAAGACUUCGUUUGAUCGAUUGGAGAAGUCGUUGUCCUCGUCGCUCCCCACACACAUGGGCGCGUCCAUCACUCAAUCCCUCUCCUCAUCAAUGGACCUGUUGUUGGCACCACCGACAACCAGCAACAGCAAGGAUGGCGCCAGCCUCUCAUCACUGAACAACAGGAAGAGCUCCAAGUUCACGUCGCCACCUGCCACGAUCUCGGGUGUGAUGGCGCCGGCCAUGGUUACGACACACACUUUGAGUGGCGACCCUCUCAAAAUGGGCAAUCUGAUGAAGCAACAAAAGAUCAUCAAACUAUGGAAGCGAGUGUUUGUCGUGCUGUCCAGCGACGCACUAUUCUAUUACAAGUCCUCAGAGAAGACUCAGUCCUCCGCCACGGACAAGACUCAGACUGCCGGCACGCCUACACACACGUUCUCCAAGGACACGUUGACGCCCAUUGGAUCAAUCGACCUGAGAGACAUUGUGUCCGUCACUCAAGUGCCAAUACUCAAACAGAGCAAGUUGUUUAACAAGAAGGAGUUCUGCUUCCAGAUCACGGUGGCCUCGAACAAGACCCACCUUUUCCAGGCCGCAUCGCAAGAGGACCUGAACGAGUGGCUGCAGAUAAUCAACUCGGCAUGCAUCUCCAGCGCGUCCUUCCGCUCCAAGACCAACACACUCACGUCCAACUCUCUGGUCGACGUGCUUGUCAAGGAGUGCAUGCUUCAGCUCAAGGAGACGCUUCACGAGCCACUGGCGCACGUGACCGAGGAGAGCCCGCACCCAUAUCCCCCGAACCACAAAUGCAAGAAGAUCGUUCGCAUCGAGGGUGCGCUGGCAUUGCUGGUUACAUUCGAUGCCCGCACCUCCACUGAGCCGGGCUACGGCAUGCUCAAGCUGUUCUAUGACCCCUGCUACACGGACCACAUCGCGUCCUACAGCGGCAAGGUCUCGUCGUUCCCGCCCACAUUGAUCAACGCUGGCCAGUUCUGGAUGAUCUUCAACUCAGACUCGCCCAACUGCGACUGGGGCUACCGGUUCACCGUGACGCCAGUACGCAUGAGAACGAGCGAUGUCAGUCUGUUGCCCAACCCCAACUUUGAGUUUGCCUGUUUCCUCGUGGACUGGACGCUGCAGCUCAACGCGCAGCUCAUCACGGCCAAGUACCCGCACUUCUUCACCGUGGACCUGGUCGAGCUGCUGAUCCAGCAUCUCGAGGGCGCCAACCAGCCCCUCGAACGCAAGCUCAAGGUCAUCAUAUUCCUCACACGUAUUCUCCAGAAGCAGCGCGAGGUGCCCAAUGUGAUGGCACCGCCACACAACACAAACAAAUUUGAUCAUCUCAAAGAGGAGAUGUUCCGGCUGUACAAGUUCGAGACGCAGAUCACUCCCAACACGGGCAACACCAACCUGUCCCAAUACCUCCAGCGUCUCAUCGAGCUCUGCAUCCACUCGGACAUCAACAAGGCACACUGGCAGACCAUCAUCCACGAUCAGUCGACAUCCAGCUCAUCCUCAGCAUCAUCAUCAAUCAGCAAUAUAUCAAACUCGUCGUCUUCGUCUGGCGUCAACAACAACAACAACAACAAUGGCGGAGGUGUGCAAUCAUCCACGAGUGCCAACGCGCCACCACCUGGCCUGCUCUCCAACAACAUGGACGAGACACGUGGACUGUUCUUCAGGACGAUCAAGACGUACAAGGUGUUUGACGGCCUGUUCAAGGGCAAGGGCUUCUCGCACGAGUUCAUCAAGGAGGCAUUCAUGGAGACGAGGAACAAGCAGGUUGUGGAUAGUCCCCAUCCUUAUCCACAAGGCGUCCGCGUGACGGCCAACAUCAUGAUCCCCAAUGCCGUGUCGCUCAAGGUUGAGUUCGAGCCACGCUCCAAGACCCAGAUGUACGCCGACUACCUCAUGUUCUCGCGCAUCACUCCAGGUGGCGACGACCUCGGCUUCUUCACAAGCGACUUCCCCACGCAGCCCAUCUUCAUCUCGGGCGAUCGCUUCAUCUGGUCAUUCUACUCUGAUUCCAACGAGUCGGAAUGGGGCUUCCGCUUCACAGUCACGCCCGUCUUCACAGAGGAUGUUCAAAAGGAGAAUGAUCAACAAUAUGAACAAGAGAUCAGCUAUCUCCUUUCCAAGCCCUGGAACCAUUCCCUCGACCUUGAGCUCGUCAAGUUCGUCAACACCGUCUGUGAGAAGCAGAAGAAGACUCCGUCACAACUCAUACCUGAACAAUGCUUCACGUCCGAGUACUUGAUGCUCUUCCCGAUGCUAUAUGAAGUGAAGGACACGUUAGUUCUCUAUCUUAGACUGAUCGUACUCAAGCACUUCAAUGUGUGCUGCCAGAACAUGUUGCAGUACAUUGAUCUCAGAGGUGCCAGUGAGGAAUGGUCAAUGGCAUACCGUCUGUGUAGUCUACGAGGUCUGCUCUUCUAUGAUUGCAAGCUGGAGAUGCUCGGUAACUCAUUGCUCAACAGUCGUACUCACGGACGUCGUCCAAUAGUCUAUCUCAAUCGACAUGGUUCCGUCACUGGAAGUGUUGCACAACAACAGCAGCAACAACAGCAACAACAGCAGCAGCCAACACACCACAGACAUCUCAAUCGCACGGCCACAACAUUGUUCUCGCCCAUGGACUACCAUUUGUUGCACCAACAAUCGCAACAGAUUCACCAGCAUCAUCACCAACAGCAACACUUGCUCCUUCAACAGCAACAACAUCAACAGUAUCCACAACAAAUUGGUGCGGGCCAGCAACAGUCUCUGUUCUUGCAGACCUUCCGCCAGCUUGGCAUGAUCGACCCGUCGAAGCUUCGUCACAUGGAUCGCGCUUGGGAGGUCAAGCUGGAGCGUGAGGGAGCCCGCGAUGCUGGCGGACCCUACCGCGAGACCAUUACACAGAUGAUCUGCGAGAUACAGAGCAGCGAAAUGAACCUGUUCCUGCCAUGCCACAAUGCUCAGGGCGACGUGGCGUUCAACCGUGACAAACUGGUGCCCAACUCGAGUGAGAACUCACCCUUCUCAUUGCACCUCUAUGAGUUCAUUGGCAAGCUCAUCGGCAUUGCCAUCAGGACCAAGAACUGCGUGGAGCUGUCCCUUCCCUCGAUCUUUUGGAAGGCGUUGGUAUGUGCACGAGUCGAUCGCCAGGACCUGGAGGCAAUUGACAAGUACACCACCAACAUGAUUGACAUGGUCACCCAGGAUGGCACAGGCAUCGAUGUUAGCCUCAACCAAGAGGUAUUCAACGAUCUUAUAUUCCAGACAUUCACGACGCGCUCAAUUGACAACAAUGCUGUCGACCUGAUCCCCGAUGGAAAGAACGUGUCGGUGUCAUGGGACAACCGCCAUGAGUACGCCAGACUCCUGGAACAGUACAAGCUCAAUGAGUUCAAACAGCAAAUUGACGCCAUUGUUAAGGGUGUGGCCAGUAUCGUGCCCUUGCACAUGCUCUACAUCUACACAUGGCAGGAGCUAGAGCUGCGCGUCUGUGGCAUGCCUGGCCUCGAUAUCAAGUUGCUGAAGCGACACACACGCUACUAUGGCCUCACAUCGAAUGAGCCCCGAGUCAUUUGGUUCUGGCGCACACUCGAGAGCUUCUCAUCAGAGGAGCAGACAUUGUUCCUGCGCUUCGUGUGGGGACGAUCGCGACUGCCACCCUCCAACGAGUUCAACUUCCAAUUCCAACUGCACGUCUUUAUACGUAAUGACUCAAUGAUGUUUGACGAUGACUAUGACACUGGCGCGGGUGGACGCGAUGGUCCUCGCAGCAGUGGUAUGUCCAUCGAUGAGAACCAAGACGAGUACCUACCCGAGGCCAAGACCUGUUUCUUCUCGCUCUCAUUGCCAAACUACAGCUCACAAGAGAUCAUGAAGGAAAAGCUACUCUACGCCAUUACAACAUGUCGAGAUAUUGAUGCAGACUACAUUGCCACUGAUGGACUGGCAACAUCCAACUAG